AUUGUGGUAAAAGUCACAUAAUUUAAAACAUACUAUCUUAACCAUAUUUAACCAUACAGUUCAGUGGCACUAAGUGCAUUGAUAUUAUUGUGAAAAUCUCAGCGUCUUCCAUGUCCCGAAUUUUUCACCUUCCUAAACUGAAACUGUCCCCAUCCCAUGUUUCUACCAAUGUACUUUGCAGAGUCAGACUUCUUGAACUCAAAUACUAAUUCUGCCCUUACAGUACAACCUGUUACUUAAUAUUACUGGGCUUCAGUUUCAUUUUUUGUAAAAGGGAGUAUCUGGUUUAAAAUACCGGUAAGGAAGAGAUGAAAAUUACUAUCUGUAGAUGACUGGCUCACUGGAGAAGCCAGGAAAAUAAAAUGGAAUACUAUGAGAAUUCAGAACAUUUCAGUAGGUUAACCAGAUACAAAAUAAAUACUUAAAAAAUCAACCACAAUAACCAGCUAUAAGAAACUUGGGGGGGGGGGGGGUAGAGAUUACAUUUCAAACGGCAAUAAUUUUUUGUUGUUAAAGUCAGAUUUACGUGAGGAAAACUACAGUUUCUUGAUAGUAUUAAAGGAGAAAGCUUAAAAAUAAAGCUGUAUGAAAACACGUUUCCAACCGCAUCCCGUUUUCACUGUCACUCCUGAACGUCUAGCCGAGCCCAGGGCCGGCCUUUCCCAAGACAGCCACUUCCCACGCAUCGGUCUUUUGGCCUCCAUUUCCUAGUCUCAACGCCGCCAAAAACUUGGACCGCACACUCUCACCCCUCAGCCGCUAAUUCAGUUUUCACUCCUGGUUCUUGUGUGGCCACCUCCCGAGUCCACCCCGGGUAUGAAGCUGGAAACACCGCCCAAUCACCGGCCGCACCGCCGAGGCUUCUGGGAAUUGUAGUUCUGGCUCGCAGAGUCCAAACGCACUUCCGGGUUCGGGCAGAAGUGCAGCCAUUGUCCCGUGCGCGGACGCUUGCAAUCUCCGUGCACCUCGGACCUUCGGCGGUUAAGCCGAGCGGCCUUGUGGAUGCCGACUAAGGGAGGGGAUAGAACUAGGUUAAGCCUAGUCUGUCGUGUGCAGAGUCGUGGUAGAGAAUUGCCUAGCCGAGCUCGUCUUGCCGCAGAGCAGUGGUGGGCACUGAAGCUGUGACAGGCCCUGCCUGGACCUGGAGCUGGUGGACGCUCAGCUCAGGAUCUCAGGUCCCUGCCUGUGCCUGGAGGAGAGCAUGGAAGAGCAGGAUGAGAAGCCCCAAGGGUCCCUGAAGGCCUGCGUGCAGGACUCUCUCCUUCCUCAGGAGAUUAUCAUCAAGGUUGAGGGAGAAGAUGCCCGGUCACUGGCCGUCCCAUCCCAGGAGGGAGUGAACUUCAAAGUAGUGACUGUGGACUUCACUCAGGAAGAAGAAGGCACUUUGAGCUCUGCUCAGAGGACCCUGGACAGAGAUGUGAUCCUGGAAAACCACAGGGACUCUUGGGACUCGGCAGCUGCACUUGGAAGAAGAGAAUCAAGAUUGAAGCAGAGGAUUUUUGAUGACAAACUAUCCCAUAGCGUGAAGAUAGAAAAGUUGACAAGAGAUGAUCCUUGGUUAUCUUUAUGUGAAGAAUUUCAAGAUUGUAAGGAGCUGUUGGAGAAGCAACAGGAAAAACAAGAGAGACUUUUGAAGGAAGAAACAUUUACUCACAGGAAAGCCAUUACUCAUGAGAGAGACUGCAAAAAUGAUAGCCCUGAGGAGAAGGCUGGUCUGAAUUCCAAUCUUCUUUCAUCACAGAUGAUACCCAUAAGAAACCAUUUUCAUAAACAUGCUUCACGUGUUAAAAAAUUACAUUAUAAUUCUAUGUUAAACACUCAUCAGAUGAUUACUGAUACUGAGAAACUCUGUGAAAAUAAUGAAUUUGGAAACCUCCGCCAGAGUAUUCAUUUUAUUCAGUUUACAAGAACUCAAACAGAAGAUAAAUCCUAUGGAUUUAGUGACAGUAUUCGACCUUUUAACCAUGGUACACCCUUAAAUAUACAUGAGAAAAUACAUGCACAAGGAAGAUCCUUUGAUUUUAAGGAAUGUGGGCAAAUUUUGAACCACGGCAUGUCCCAUAACGAACAACAGAGAAACUCCAUUGGAGAGAGUCAGUAUAAAUGUCGUAAGACCUCCCAGAGUUCAUCCCUUGCUCAAAACAUGAGAAAUCAUCCUGAAGAGAAGCCCUUUGAAUGUAAUCAGUGUGGGAAAUCCUUUAGUUGGAGCUCUCAUCUUGUUGCACAUCAGAGAACUCAUACAGGGGAAAAACCUUAUGAAUGUAACGAAUGUGGGAAAUCAUUCAGCCGCAGCUCUCACCUUGUUUCCCAUCAAAGAACUCAUACUGGAGAGAAACCUUAUAGAUGUAAUCAGUGUGGGAAAUCCUUUAGCCAGAGCUAUGUCCUUGUUGUGCAUCAGAGAACUCAUACUGGAGAGAAGCCUUAUGAGUGCAAUCAGUGUGGAAAAUCAUUCAGACAGAGCUACAAACUUAUUGCACAUCAAAGAACUCAUACUGGAGAGAAGCCCUAUGAAUGUAAUCAAUGUGGGAAAUCAUUUAUCCAGAGCUAUAAACUUAUUGCCCAUCAAAGAAUUCAUACUGGAGAAAAGCCCUAUGAAUGCAAUCAAUGUGGAAAGUCUUUUAGUCAAAGUUACAAACUUGUUGCCCACCAGAGAACUCACACAGGAGAAAAACCCUUUGAAUGUAAUCAGUGUGGAAAAUCCUUCAGCUGGAGCUCUCAACUUGUUGCACACCAAAGAACUCACACUGGAGAGAAACCCUACGAAUGUAAUGAGUGUGGGAAAUCUUUCAACCGCAGUUCUCACCUUGUUAUGCAUCAGAGAACUCAUACUGGAGAAAAACCCUAUGAAUGUAAUCAGUGUGGUAAGUCCUUCAGCCAGAGUUAUGUCCUUGUUGUACAUCAGAGAACUCACACUGGAGAAAAGCCCUAUGAGUGCAGUCAGUGUGGAAAAUCCUUCAGGCAGAGUUCAUGCCUUACUCAACAUCAGAGAACUCAUACUGGAGAGAAACCCUAUGAAUGUAAUCAGUGUGGAAAAACAUUCAGCUUGAGUGCUCGACUUAUUGUACAUCAAAGAACUCAUACUGGAGAGAAACCCUUUACGUGUAAUCAGUGUGGGAAAGCUUUCAUUAAUAGUUCUAAACUUAUUAGACAUCAGGCAACUCAUACAGAAGAGAAACCCUAUGGAUGUAACUAGCCUGGAAAUCUUUCAGCAGAGUAUAUGCCUUCCUCCUUGCCUCCCUUUCUCCCUUGCUCUUUCCCUUUCUCCCUUCAGCCCCUCAUUCCCUUGUUCCCUCCUUCCAUUCCUCCAGGAUUACAUGUAUUGGAAAGAACAAGCAUGAAAAUAGUGUGUGUGGAAAAAAAGCUUUCCAUUAGCUGUCUGUUCAACUGUGUAUCUGAAAACUCUUUCUGGAGAAGAAAGAAAAAGUAUGAAUCAUGUAUUUUACUUAGCAAUUCCAUGUUUUUAAAAAAUCAAACUUGACCCUUGUUAAACAUUCCCACGAGAGUGAUAACUCUUGGCACUUUUCCUUGCAGAAAGCACUUCGACCUGAAUUUGAAAGAAUUAUCAUUAAAUGGGCAAUAUGCUGUGGAGUGAUUGCCAGUGAGGUAGACCUAUUUUCCAAUAAAGAAUAAAUGAGAGGGGACAUAUAUACACCUAUGACUGAUUCAUGUUGAUAUAUGGCAGAAACUAACACAAUAUUGUAAAGCAAUUAUCCUGCAAUUAAAAAAAAGAUAGUAAAUCUAAAGAGAAUAAAGCUGUGGCACCUAAAAAAAAAAAAAGGAAUAAAAGAAUGUUAAUACUGGUCAGCUUGUUGAAAACGUUGGGAAAUUGCUGUAGUUGUUGCUAACCACCCCAGUAUUCUUUCCUGGAGAAUUCCGUGGACAGAGGAGCCUGGUGGAGUACAGUCCAUGGGGUUGCAAAAGAGUUGGACAUGACUGAGGUGACUUAGCACACAGCACGUUAGAACUUAGACUGGAAAACAGAAUUUCAGUGCAUCAUUUUCCAACCUGAUUUCUCCAGCACUACUUGGUAAUUUGUUUCAUAAGUACUUUCUCUUAUCUGUAAAGAUUUUGUAAGGAAAAAAAAAAAAAGAAAGAAAAGGAAAUGGCUAUGAUGUGAACUGAAAAUUGCAGGGCAAGAGUAUAGAACAUUCAUUUCUAGACUCAGGAAAAGAUAUAUUUGUGCUUGGAUCAGAAUCUAAAGGGAUUCUAGGUGUAUCUGUUUUAAUUUUAGAUUUAUACUUGAUUUUCUUUUGUUUUGUUUUUUUGGACUGUGUGCUUUUUUUAUAAUACUAAUGAAUGAUAUGAGGAAUGAUUAGUCCAAAAAUACAAAAAUACCCAUUUCCUUUGACCAUUUAGCCAGAGAGCAGAGAUCCCUCAUGUAUCUGAGAGUUCAUUUGGAUUAGCAUGAACAGGUCACUCCUUAGGACCUAGAUUCCCAGGAAUAUUCCUUAUUGAAAAUAAAAUAUUUCAGGCUUCUGUGGUGGCUCAGUGGUGAAUAAUCGACCUGCUAAUGCAGGAGACAUGGGUUCCAUCCCUGAUCCAGGAAGAUCCCAUGUGCCAAGGAGCAACUAAGCCUAUGUACCACAACUAUUGAGCCUAUGCUCUAGAGCUUAGGAACUGCAGCUGUUGAGCCAUAUAUCCUAGAACCUGUGCUCAGCAACAAGAGAAGCCACCACAAUGAGAAGCUCACACACCACAGCUAGAGAGUAGCCCCCACUCUCUGCAACUAGAGAAAAGCCCAUGUAGCAACGAAGACCCAGCACAGUCAAAAAUAAAUAAAAUCAGAACUUAAAUAUUUUCCUGGCAAUGUGGAACUGGAAAUUUUUGCCAGAGAAUUAAAUGAGAAUUCAUGGGUAGUAUGGAAGGCAAAUGAGUUUGUUUGUUUGUUUGUUUUCUUUUAAACCCAUUUUAUCCAAAGCAGUAUAAAAGAGCUCUGUUUUUUAAGGUUUUUUUUCUUUUUUCUUUUUCUCUCCUCAUGUAGUAUUAUCUUUUUAGCCUCCAAGAUACGUUCCCUAAUUCGAGAAUCCUCUGAGUGGGAAGAUAUUGCCUUGGCUAAGUGCUCACCACCUAAAUUAAGUUCACAAGAAUGCUUUUAGUGAGGUAAUAAUUGUAGUUUCUCAUUGGGUUUGUGUGUGUGUGUGUGUGUGUGUGUGUGUGUGUGUGUGUGCUUUUAAGAUUUGGUUCACAAAUCUUUCUAGCCCUUGCCCCUAAAUCAUGAAUUCUAAUCCUAUGGAUUAUCAUGGACCUGAAAACUCUGAUCCUGGAGAGUUACUGAAAAAUAAACAGUUGAACUGAGAGAGCACAGAAUAGAGGUAAAUUCCCUGAAGAAACAAAAAGCUAACAUGACAUCUGAUAGAGAUUUGUUGUUUAGUGUCCAACUCUUUUGCGACCCCAUGGACUGUAGCCCACCAGGCUCCUCUGUCCAUGAGAUUUUCCAGGCAAGAAUACUGGAGUGGGUUGCCAUUUCCUUCUCAGGGAACCUUCCUGACCCAAGGAUGAAACCUUGGUCUCCUGCAUUGCAAGCAGAAUCUUUGCCACUGAGCCCACAGGGAAGCCCUGAUAGGGGUUCCCCAUAGUAAAAUCUGUCCGCAUGAGAUGACCCUAAGUGUUUUUAAUGAGGAUUAAUCCAGAGAGUGCAGCACACCUGGCAGUGACUGAAGUUCUGGGGGAACAGUUGUUGAUGACUGGAAAACUGGCUCCCCACCCCAGGAGAAUCUUCAGUCAGUCCAUGAUUGCAUAGGUAGAGGAACAGAAGGGGUUCUCCAUGCACUGCAGUUUUAGUGCAUGUGAUAGUGAAAACUCUAAUAAUGGGAUCUGGUUAGGCUUCUUUUUCUCCAAGUUAUAGAUAAAGCAAGUAGAUGAUUUUCACUGGGCAUGUUGAAUCUUAUUUUGAAGGCAAGGAAACAGGAUUGUACAAAUAAGUAUAAAACCAACCGGGCUAAGAAAGCUCUGAAGAUUCAAGUUUGGGAAGGGAUUUAUUCCAAAGUGAUCUCUUUAGUGAAUAUUUAAAAUAUUUCAUUGAAAAUAUAAAAAAAAACUGCCAAGAAAUUUUAAGUGAGUAUUGUUUGUGUGUUCCUGGGUCAGGUUGAAUACGUGGGUCAUCUGUGUGCACUAAGUCAUACGUCAGUUCCUAGGUGGUGAACUAUGGUUGCCAAGUGUUUUGAAGUAAGAUAGAUCCAAUAGAUAAACAAAAAUGUUCAUUUCUCUUAUUUGCUCAUUUAUUUCCCUUUGUAGAAAAGGCAUUCUUCUAAAAAAAAUAGUCAAAAGAAUGAAGAGACAUUAAAGUGACAGCAUAUCAAAAAUACGUAAUUAAACUUCUGAACCUAAUAUGUAGGGUUAAAAAAGGGAGUCAGUAAUUGUAUUUUAGUGACACACAUAUGACACAUUUAAAAUGACAUACAUCCCUUGCAUAAAAAUUUUUGUAACAUUCACAAAAAUAAAAUUAUACUUUGCAACUUCCCUGGGUGGUACAGUGGAUAGGAAUCAGCCUGCCAAUGCAGGAGACAUGGAUUUGAUCCCUGGUCCAGGAAGAUUCCACAUGCCUUGAAACAACUAAGCCUGUACAACACAGCUGCUAAAGCCUGAGCACUCUAGAGCCUGUGCUCCACAAUAUAGGAGAAGCUACCUCAAUGGAGAAACCCAUGCACCACAACUGGAGAGUUGCCUCCACUCUCUGUAACUAGAGAAAACCCACAGCCCACACACAGCAACAAAGACCUAGUGUAACAACAACAACAACAAAAGAUCAUACUUGGACAUAGAAAUACGCAUAGUUAUUUUACAGGCCAAAUUUCUUUCACCAUACUCUAGUAAAAUUAGAAAUAGAUGAAGAGUGGCCAGAUGUUUUUAUGUAUUUAUUACUUUGGCCACAAAGCACAGCUUGUAGGAUCUUAGUUCCCUGACUAGGGAUUGAACCCCAGCCCUAGCAGUGAAAGUGCCAAGUGCUAACCACUAGACUGCCAGGGAAUUUCCCAGAAUGUUUUUAAACACAUGGAUGUUAAGGGAUACUCUCCUAGAACCAAGUUUUUAAAACACUAGAGUGAUAGGCAUAUAUAAAAUUUUACAUGUAAACUACAUAUAGUAUAUAUAAAAUAUGUAUCAGUAAAUCUUAUAAACUGUUAUAAAUUACAUAUUAUAAAAUAUUUACAUAUAUCUGUGUGCUCAGUCACUUCAGUCAUGUCCCAACUUUUUGCAACCCUGUGGACUGUAGCCUGCCAGGCUCUUCUGUUCAUGGAAUUU